GGAUAAAGGGGACAUGAGUGAUGCCUCUGUGAGCAGACACUCCAUUGAGCAGACCUCAACAGACACCACCACCUCAACACAGCAGUGAAACCACACAGCAGCCAAGAUGUGUUGCAAAGGCUUUCUCAAACUGAUGAUGUUCAUCUUCAAUUUCUGCAUCUUCGCCGCGGGUGCUGUCAUUUUGGGCGUGGGGGUGUGGGUGAAAGUGGACAGCGGCUCCUUACUGGGUGUCCUGAACGAUAUCAAGGACGCUCCAUCCGAGCUACAGCAACUGGCUAACGUGGGCUACCUGCUUAUCGCUAUCGGUGCCGUGUUAGUGGUCAUGGGAUUCCUGGGUUGCUGCGGCGCCAUCAGAGAGAGCAGGUGUAUGCUGCUCAUGUUCUUCAUCAUCGUGCUGAUCAUUUUCAUUGCGGAGGUGGCUGGAGCUGUGAUCAUCCUGGUUUUCCAGCCUCAGUUCCAGAAAAUUCUAGAUGAACUGAGCAGCAAAGUUAUUAGCAGCAUUAGAGAUGACUAUGGAAAGGAGGAAAGCCUGACUGUCCUGUGGAACAGCACAAUGACAGAGCUGAAGUGUUGUGGAUACCACAAUUACACAGAUUUUGAUGGAUCUCCUUUCCUCAACAGUUCCGUAAACAUCUAUCCAGUCACAUGUUGCAAUUCAACAAGAACAUGCAAUCCAGGAAAUGCAGCCUUGUCGAACAUUGACGGCUGCUUUGAGAAGCUGGUGGAUCUGAUAGAGAAGAACGCCGUGGUCCUCGGAGCCGUGGCACUGGGCAUCGCUGCUCUGGAGAUUGCUGCCAUGGUGGUAUCGAUGGUCUUGUAUCAGGACAUUGGAAAUAAAUAAAAUGAAUUUCCUGGUUCUGGCCCUGCACCUAUUUUCUCAUUCAUAACUCAUUCAUAAAUUAUAUUUUCAGGAUGUAUAAAUUACAUGUUAUAUACUGGAAAUUAGAAGAUAAAUCUAUGUCAUUGGUUUCUUCCACUACCAGAGCACAUUGCAGUUGAACACAGUUUGGUUUUUAUUUAUUCUGGACUACAAGUCUGUUAUUUAGACUACUUCUCAUUCUUUUCUUUGCACAAGCUGAAAACUUUAUUAACUUAAGGGUGAGGAUGUUUUGUGUUUAAACAUAUAAAAAAUUGCAUCAUUCUACACUCUUGUGAAAUGUUCUUAUCACUUCAAUGUUUUUCAAUGAAUGUAUUUUUUUUU